CAGUCCCCUGUGAGGGCUCCUGGGCAGCAUGGUUCCCCAGCGUGGCCUUUGCAGGGGUCUCGUGUCCCGCAGACACCGCCCGGCCCCUGACGGGUCAGCAGGGACCCAGCAGGGCUCUGGGAUGCCUGUGGUUUCCUCUGCCCCCUGCCCCCCGGCUGAACAGCCACUCACCGCUCCACACAGCAGGCCCCCUCGCACCCCGGGUCGCUGCCAGGCCUGGUGGAGGUGAUCCUCGCGUUGACCACGCCCUCGCCCUGGCUGGAGCCGCGGCUGCGGCAGUUCAUGGGCGGGCUCCUGGGAGUUCCGCGGGUGAACACACACCGUCUGUUUCUUUUUGACCGCACCCAGACUUUGUUUCUUUGUCUCAACUGUUACUUUCUGGUCUGUGCCGUUUUGGGUGUAGCCGAGAAACGCGUUCAUGAAGAGGAGCGGGAAGGGAGGGGGCGUUGUGGUGCGACUGGGGCUGGAAGCGUAUGACCCCCGUGUCCAGGAGGAAAGGUGCAGUCGAGAGGGUUUGCCGUCUCCACAUGUCGGAGCUGAUGGAGGUCUGGCCCUGCCCACAGGGAUGUCAGGACCGAGGCCGGUGGUCCUGAGUGGACCAUCAGGGGCCGGGAAGAGCACCCUGCUGAAGAGACUCUUGCAGGAGCAUGGCAGCGUCUUCGGCUUCAGCGUGUCCCACACCACGAGGGACCCGCGGCCUGGAGAAGAGAAUGGCAAAGAUUACUACUUCGUGACCAGGGAGGUGAUGCAGAGGGACAUCGCCGCGGGCGACUUCAUCGAGCACGCCGAGUUCUCGGGGAACCUGUAUGGGACUAGCAAAGCCGCCGUGCGGGCCGUGCAGGCCAUGAACCGCAUCUGCGUGCUGGACGUGGACCUGCAGGGUGUGCGGAACAUCAAGAAGACGGACCUGCGGCCCAUCUACAUCUUUGUGCAGCCGCCCUCGCUGGACGUGCUGGAGCAGCGGCUGAGGCUGCGGAACACGGAGACAGAGGAGAGCCUGGCCAAGCGGCUGGCGGCCGCUCGGGCUGACCUGGAGAGCAGCAAGGAGCAGGGCCUGUUUGACCUGGUCAUCGUCAACGACAAUCUGGACGUGGCCUUUCGGGCCCUGGAGGAGGCUCUGGCCGAGGAAAUCAAGAAGGCUCAGCGGACCAGCCGCUCCUGAGCAGGACCACCAGCUGCGUGCUCCCCGGUGGGGACUGCGCUCGCCUCGGCUAGUGCCCAGACUGCCGCGGCCAGAGGACCCUGGCCUCCCUUUACUCCUCUGUCGUGGGAGCUGUGCCGGGGUGUAAUAAAGAACUGCUGGGCA